GCAUUAUAGGUCCAUGGGCUGGCUCCAUCGUUACUAAGUAAUAAUAUCAUAUCGGGUCAUUUACAGUAAGAAUCUAUAUUUCGAGGACUGUUUUGCAAUUUGAGUUUCCUAUCGGAACCACGAGAAGAAGCCCUAUCAAAACGCAUAAGGCUCUUUCUCUCGCUCAUCUCCGCCGCCGGCAAAGAAAUACCACAUCGUCAGGGUUUCACGGCGGAUAAAUUUAGCCUAUCACCUGAGAAGCUUCAUCAUCCACUCGAGAUUAUUCCAAUGGCAACCAUGGCUAGGUCGUUUUUGCAGGCGAUAUCGAAGGACGAGGCGGUAGCUCCUCCGCUCAGAGUUGUUCAGAUCGAAGGAUUGGCUGUGCUUAAGAUUAUCAAACACUGCAAGGAAUUUGCACCGACACUUGUCACAGGACAGCUUCUUGGACUUGAUGUUGGUAGUGUCCUUGAAGUUACCAAUUGCUUCCCUUUCCCAGUCAGGGAUGACGAUGAAGAAAUUGAAGCCGAUGGUGCCAAUUAUCAGCUUGAAAUGAUGAGAUGCCUUAGGGAGGUUAAUGUUGACAACAACACUGUUGGGUGGUAUCAAUCCACAGUUCUUGGGUCCUAUCAGACUGUAGAACUGAUUGAGACCUUCAUGAAUUACCAGGAGAACAUCAAGAGGUGCGUGUGCAUCAUAUAUGAUCCCUCUAAAGCUGACCUAGGCGUCCUAGCUUUGAAGGCUUUGAAGCUUUCGGAUUCCUUUAUGGAGUUGUACCGGGGUGGAAACUUUACAGGCGAGAAGUUGAGAGAGAAAAAUUUCUCCUGGAUGGAUAUUUUUGAGGAGAUACCUAUUAAGGUUUCAAACUCCGCGCUUGUCAGUGCCUUCAUGACCGAGCUGGAGACUGAUACACCUGUCUCACAGGGUGAUUAUGAUCGUCUGCACUCAUCAACCACUCCUUUCCUUGAGAACAAUAUGGAGUUUUUGAUUAAAUGCAUGGAUGACUUGUCUAUGGAACAGCAAAAGUUCCAAUAUUACUACCGGAACCUGUCUCGUCAGCAAGCGCAACAGCAAGCCUGGCUCCAGAAGAGAAGGACGGAGAACAUGGCUCGUAAAUCAGCUGGAGAAGAGCCAUUGCCCGAGGAGGACCCUUCGAACGCAAUCUUUAAGCCGAUCCCUGAACCAUCAAGGCUAGAGAGUUUCCUCAUCACAAACCAAGUCUCAAACUUCUGUGGCCAAAUCAAUGGAGUUGCUGGGCAGAACUUCAGCAGGCUUUACCUCACCAAAGCAUUGCACGAAAACUGAUUACAAGACUACCCAAGUUGUUCUUGAAUCGAGAAAGUGAGAGAUUUGGUUGUAGAACGGAUCCUAAAUUUGUUUUUUCCUGGAAGUUUUUAAUUUUUGGUAGUGAAAUAACUUAAAACUACACGUACUUUCUGAAAAAAACAUGUUUUUGAGUCUUCUGCGUAAUGUGGUCCGAUAAAACUCUUAUUGAAAUCUUCUUAUUAGCCAAUCACUAAACAAUAUAGAUAGUUGUAUAAGUAUUUGUUCCAUCACCAAAAUAGAUACAUAUUCUCCAUCUUACACCAAAUUUAUUUAUUUUUAAAACGAAGAGAAUACAGCGAGAAUCGCAUUAAAACGGUAGUCUUAUAGAUUCUCUUUUCUCGAGAGAUUCUUUACCAGCAAAAUAAAAAUGGCGGUUUAUCAUCUCCUUCUCUCGAGUCCUCCUUCGCUUGUUCUUCCUCAUCCUCCUCGCCGCCCUAGCCUCACCUUAUCUCGCCGUAUCCCAAUUCACCCUCGUCUCGGAAACUCGGCCAACUUGCUUUCUUCAUCGUCACCGGUAAUUCGGAAAAUUCUGGUCCGUGGCACUCUCCGGGAAGACCCCGUCUCUUCGGACGCCGAGAAUCCCACUAUACUGAUCGGCGAGGAUUCUGCUGCUUUUGAAUUAGGAAAACAGAAGCUUGUUUCCUGGGUUUAUUUCGGCCUUGUCCUUGGCGUCGUUCUCUUCACCCUCAACGUAGUCUGGAUCGAUAAUUCCACCGGUUUCGGAAAAUCAUACAUCGACGCCGUCUCUAGCAUCUCCGGCUCACCUGAGGUUGCUAUGUUGAUGCUUAUCCUCAUAUUUGCAACUGUACAUAGUGGUUUAGCUAGUCUCAGAGAUGUAGGAGAGAAACUCAUAGGCGAACGAGCAUUUCGUGUUCUAUUUGCUGGAGUCUCUCUUCCUUUAGCUAUGAGCACCAUUGUUUUCUUUAUAAACCAUAGGUACGAUGGGUCACAGCUAUGGCAGCUUCAGGGUGUUCCCGGAGUCCACGAAGCUGUUUGGGUCGCUAAUUUUGUAUCCUUCUUCUUUCUCUACCCUUCAACCUUCAAUCUUCUGGAGGUAGCAGCUGUUGAUAAACCAAAGAUGCAUCUGUGGGAGACUGGCAUCAUGAGAAUCACUCGACAUCCUCAGAUGGUUGGACAAAUCGUUUGGUGUUUGGCGCACACUCUCUGGAUGGGAAGCACAGUAGCUGCAUCAGCGUCUCUCGGUUUGAUUGCACACCAUUUGUUUGGAGCUUGGAAUGGAGACAGGAGACUAGCGAAAAGAUAUGGAGAGGCUUUUGAGAGCAUCAAGAAGAGGACAAGUGUGAUUCCUUUUGCUGCCAUUUUCGAAGGACGCCAAGUUUUGCCUGAGGAUUACUACAAAGAAUUUGUUCGGUUGCCUUAUCUUGCAAUCACCGCGUUAACCGUUGGGGCCUAUUUUGCUCACCCGCUAAUGCAAGGUGCAAGCUUUAGGCUCCAUUGGUGAAUCCUCUGUCCUUUUUUUGGUUUCCUGCGAUGUUCAUAGCAAGAUCAUAAAAGAGUAACGAUGUAUAAUUACUUCAUUAAAUAAAAAUCUAUAAACACAAACACAAGAGUGAGGAUGUUUUAUUACAGUAGCUAUAAAAACAAACUGUUUUUGUUACUAACACAAGUACUGUUUAG